AUGGCUUCUCAUCUCCAAUAUUUCCUUGUUCUUGCCAUGGCCACACUUCUCAUAAUCCCUUCUCAUGCACAGCAACUCACACCUGAUUUUUACAACACCGUUUGCCCUCAGGCACUUCCAGUCAUUAAGUCAGUUGUUCAAAGAGCCAUAUUCCGUGAACGUCGUAUGGGAGCCUCUUUACUGCGUUUGCACUUCCAUGACUGUUUUGUCAAUGGUUGUGAUGGAUCAGUUCUGCUGGAUGACACCCCCAAUUUCACAGGGGAGAAGACUGCACUCCCAAAUAUUGGCUCAAUUAGAGGUUUGGAGGUGGUCGAUGAAAUCAAAGCAGCGGUUGACAAAGCUUGCAAACGUCCUGUUGUAUCAUGUGCAGAUAUCUUAGCAAUUGCUGCUCGUGAUUCUGUGUCCAUUUUGGGAGGUUCACUCUAUUGGUACAAGGUGGCAUUAGGCAGAAGGGAUGCAAGAACUGCUAGCAAGGAUGCUGCAAACUCAAAUCUUCCUGCCCCAUUUUUCAGCCUCUCCCAGCUUCUUUCAAAUUUCCAAUCUCAUGGACUUGACCUUAAAGAUCUCGUAGCUCUUUCUGGUGCACACACCAUUGGAUUUGCUCACUGCUCUACCUUUCGGAACAGGAUCUACAAUGACACCAACAUAGACCCCAACUUUGCAUCUUCCUUGCAGGGCACGUGCCCUAAAAGUGGUGGAGAUAGUAAUCUGGCACCAUUGGAUCGUGCCACUCCCACAAGAGUUGACACUUUAUACUAUACUGCUUUGCUACGUAAAAAGGGUCUCCUUCAUUCUGAUCAAGAGCUCUUCAAAGGAGAUAGAAGUGAAAGUGACACUUUGGUGAAGCUCUACAGCACUGACCCCUUUGCUUUUGCAACAGAUUUCAAAGCUUCCAUAAUCAAGAUGGGUAACAUUAAGCCUCUUACUGGGAACGAUGGAGAGAUCAGAGUAAACUGUAGAAGAGUCAACUAA